ACUGUUGCUAGCACCCGAGGAAGAAGCUAAUAGCGCUUCCGGAAGAGGCCACAACAACAACACGUUUUAUUCAUUGCUUCUUUCUUGUCAGUAAUGUGAUCAAUUCUUUUACAAUUACUAUAAUAUGUCGUGUUAUUAUUAACAAUAUAAAUUAGCGUCUUAAACAUGGAGGAGGCGGCAGCGGACACUCCGGAAGAGACCUUGCUAAAGCAGCAUCGUAGAGAAAAGAAGGACCUGCAAGCCAAAAUCCAGAGUAUGAAGAAUGCUGUUCCCAAAAAUGACAAAAAGAGGAGGAAACAGCUGACAGAGGAGAUUGCCAAGAUGGAGGCUGACCUCAACCGGAAACAGGACGAGGAACUGAAGCAGCUCAAAACGACGACAGACACAAAGGUCGAGGAGGCGACGAAUGGAAUGGAGGCGAUGAAGCUGGAGGAAGAAGAAGGAGAAGUUAAACAGCCUCGCGUCACCAAAGCCCAGAAGAGAAGGGACAAGAAGGCGGCCCAGGAGAAGGAGCGUGAGAGCAGGAUCGCCGAAGCCGAGGUGGAGAACCUGCAGGGCGUCCGCCACCAGGAGGGCCUCAAGCUGGCGCAGAAGCUCUCCCAGCGAGGUCUUCAAAUCAAGGAGAUUUCCUCCGACGGCCACUGCAUGUACCGCGCCGUGCAGGAUCAGCUGGCGACACGAUGCGAGUCGGAGGUGAGCGUGAAAGACCUGCGUUGUCGCACGGCGGCGCAUAUGAGGAGCCACGCCGAUGACUUCCUGCCUUUCCUUAGCAACGCCGACACUGGGGACGUGUACACGGCAGAUGAAUUUGAGAAGUACUGCAGUGAUGUGGAGCACACAGCAGCUUGGGGCGGCCAGCUGGAACUUCAGGCGUUGACGAAGGUUCUUCAGCUGCCAAUCGACGUCAUCCAGGCCGAUUCCCCGACCAUCAAAAUCGGGGAGGACUACGACGGCGACGCCAUAACUCUUGUGUACAUGCGUCACGCCUACGGACUGGGAGAGCACUACAACUCGGUGGAGCGGCCCAAGGAGGCCACCGACGCUAUAACGCCACCUGAGAAGAAAAUAGCAGCAUGAAACAGAAGACAAAUGUAGCUUGGUCCUGUGGUUCCGUACGUGUGAAGGAUGGAAGCGCUGUCCUGUCACUCAAACGGCAGGAAAUGGCAGCCUUUUUUUCAACCUGUCAACCUGAAAUAAAGUACUUUCAUUCAUCAUCCCCAUUAGGACUUUAUUGGUCCUAAUAUUUGUUUUACCAUAAUUAGAUUUAAAGCACUUUUUACAUUGGACUCCCUUUGUGGAGGAUUACGUCAUACUACUUUUCUACCACUAGAUGGCAGCAAUUACACCGAAACGUCCUGUAACGAGUGAAUUAAAAAAAAUGUGAUAUAAUGAAAGUUUUCGCAUAAAUCAUGAUUUUAAACUGAAAAGUUUCAAUAUAAUUUAAUGGCUGUGUGUAUAAUAAUGCGAUCAUAAUCAUUCUGUGCUUAUCGUACCUAUUUUUAUUUCAUUUUUGGAUCACGUAGGGAUUUUUUACUGUUGACAUUAUUGUUGACGUCAUGUCAAUAUCACAGUACGAUUAUCGCUACCUCGUUAUAUAGUGUUUUUUUUUCCAGAAAUGAAUGAAUAAAUCAUUGCUGUAUCAUGCUAAUAUAUGGGUAUUUAUAUGUAAAACAUAUUGUCAUACAAGUGAUAUAAUAUUUUGGUCACUUCGUAAGAAAGAAGAAAUACAUUUGAGGCUAACUGGUUAGCUUGCUAGCUCGCUAGCAGCGUUUCAGGCCUUGGAGCAUAAGAGUUAAAAAGUUAAAAGCACAUUUAAAGUC